GACAGGUGACGGCGACGGUUUCGGUCCGUGGGUUCUUCUCCGCCAUCGUCCAGAGCGCGGCAGCGAACCAGCCACCAUGUCGAUGGGGCUGGAGAUCGGCGGGGUGGCCUUGUCGGUGCUGGGUUGGUUGUGCUGCAUCCUCUGCUGCGCGUUGCCCAUGUGGCGGGAGACGGCCUUCGUCGGCAACAACAUCGUGGUGGCCCAGAUCAUCUGGGAAGGGCUGUGGAUGAACUGCGUGGUGCAGAGCACGGGGCAGAUGCAGUGCAAGGUCUACGACUCCCUGCUGGCCCUGCCGCAGGACCUGCAAGCCGCCCGCGCCCUCCUGGUGGUGGCCAUCGUCUUGGCCGUCCUGGGUUUACUGGUGGCCAUCGUGGGCGCCCAGUGCACCCGCUGCGUGGAGGACGAGAGCACCAAAGCCAAGAUCACCAUCGUCUCCGGCGUCAUCUUCCUCCUCUCCGGCGUCAUGACCCUCAUCCCCGUCUCCUGGUCGGCCAACACCAUCAUCCGGGAUUUCUACAACCCGCUGGUGCUCGACGCGCAGAAGCGGGAGCUGGGCACCUCGCUCUACGCGGGCUGGGCGGCCUCCGCCCUCCUGCUGCUGGGGGGGGCCCUGCUCUGCUGCUCCUGCCCCCCCAAAGACGACAGGUACCCCACCGGCAAGGUGGCCUACUCCGCCCCACGCUCCGCCGUCACCAGCUACGACAAGAAGAACUAUGUCUGA